UUAUUGGAAAAUGCCUGGCUGGCUACCCCAGUGUAGAAUGAGAGGAGUGUAUGAUGGUGAUUGUCUGGCGUCGUCAGCUGUAUGAUAGUCUGGACCAUAUUGGACGAGGUCACAAUCAUCAACUGUCUGUUGAAAAAUGGCAUCUGGCUCAGACCCAAAUACAUACCGAAAAGUUCUUGCCAAUAUUGGCAGAAACCUUGAGAGAGGUGAUGUUACCAGUGCGAAGUUUCUCAUUGGCGCAAACAUAAAGUUAUUUCCAUCCGGCGACCUGGAGGACGUGACAACGGGUGAAGAACUGAUUGCCCUGUUAGAGAAGAGGGGAUUUAUAUCGGACACAAAUGUCACAGAACUCAACUCACUGUUGGUACAAAUUAAUUGCGGGCAGCUUUGUUCUGAACUUGAGCCUUUGAAAAACAAGCUGAUUCUUCAUAAAGAUGCAAAAUGGAAAGUUGGAUACGCCACAGUACCACACUUCUUAAAAGUUAAAUAUUGUACCUUUCUGGAACAAGCACUGGCAACAGAGAACAUCGUGGCUCUUCUGGGCCCACCAGCAACAGGAAAAACUCAGUUGGCAUGUAAUUAUGCACAAGAUUUCUUCAAAGAAAACAAAGAAUCGGUUAUAUGGAAAUUAGAUUGCGAAGGAAAAACUGAAUUUAUGAAAUCAAUGUUCGACUUAUUAGAUCGUCUUCAUAUGAAACCCGAAGGUAAGAACGAAGAAAAGGCGCAUUACUUGGAGGAGUUGGGACAGAUGGUCGUGGACAAUUUUGGAGGAGCAAGUCAAGCUAAGAAACCUCACUUGCUUAUAUUUGACGACAUUGGAGAUUCAUGCAACGAAAUCGUUAGCAAGAUAUUGAAAAACUUCAAAGAAAAUUCGCACAAUGUCAAAAUCAUUGCCACUAUGAAUGGGGAUAUUGACCUUGAGUGUAAAACAAUGAAAGUUACUGGCUUACAGGACGAAGAGGUCAUUCCAUUCUUCAGACACAAUUCGGAUUCAGGCGGAGCAGAAUCUGCUAUUACUAAAGCAAAGGACGACGAUAUCAAAACUUUAGGAAAACUCUUUGGAAAGUCGCCAUUCGGUUUAAUGCUUUCAAAGCACUACAUCCAGAAAUCAGGGAUGGACCUUUCAGAUUUCACUGAAAUGUUAAACAAGGACGAAGGAUUCAUUGGUAACACAGAGAAUCACGCGGAAAACAUAGGUCAGUAUUACAAAAAAUGCUUACUUGCAGCACACCGAAUUAUUUUGGAGAGGGUAGAAUUAAAACUGAAUGACGACGGGAAGAUAUUGCUGUCUCUCAUCCCUUUCCUCCAUCACGAACACAUCCAGGUCGGAGUACUGUCAAGACUACUGAAGAGUGGAUCACUACAGCGCCAUGAAUAUGAAGACAGCAAUGUCAUAGAAAGACUACGAAAGUAUGCUCUUUGCGAUUUGAAGGGCCUUGGGAGUGACAGAGUUAUAAUGAUACACGCUUUGACACAGAAAGCCCUUCUUAAUCGUCUUCCUGCCGAAGACAGACAGGAGCGCAUCAGUCUACUGUUGCACUUCUUUGCCACGAACAUGAUCAUGGAUUGCAGAUUACGGACAUCAAUGGACACAAAUAUCCUCUUCAUAGACCAUGCUAUGAACGUACUACGGAUGGCAGAAAAGAUCAGCAAUCCUUCCUAUACGAUGCAGGUGUUGCAGUGCUAUGUUAGUACCCUUGUCGGUGUGACAUUUCGCAUCGGCGGUGUCGACAACUUCUUGGUUAAUGAUUACCUUACGAGGGCCAUGACACUAUGCUUUCGCAUGAUUGGUGAAGAUCGUUCUCUUUUCGAGUGGGAUCCUUGUGUGGAUACGGAGCUUGAUACAGUGGGCAGCACGAAACAUGGAAACAAGAUUGAUGAUCUGGUUGAAAAGUUGUGCUCACUUAAAGAAAAAAUCCCAAAUGAUUUCAUACAAGAAUUUAUAACCUCAAUGAUCCGUCCAGACAAAGAUAUGGAACACCUCCGGAUACGAGCGAAGGAUUUGUCCCAGUUCUCUUUCGAAAACGAGCUCGGAAAAGACUUGCAUCGCCAUCUUGUAGAGAAGAAGCUAGCAGCGCCACUCGGCAUUGUCCGCGAGUUCUUCUUUGUGGAACUUUUGAUUGUUAUACUUUACAAUAAUGGACGAAAUCACUAUUUGCAGAAAACUCGUCGCAGGCAGUUAAUGGAAAUGUCAUGGAAGCUAGGAGAACGUCUGAAAGAAAAAUGUUGCAAUUAUCUUUCAAUACAAUCUCUGAUAACCCAAAGGAACGGCCUCCUGUACAAGCUUGACCUACCAAAUGCAACCAAGGAAGACCAAUUGAAGGCUGUAAAUAGUGCUGUAGAAAAAUACACUGUAAUGAUUCAUGACAAGGAAGAUUACUUUGAGUUUGGAAUUUUGAAGCUCAGUAAAGUAAGUAAGAACUUCCAUCAUAUAGCGAUGUGUCGGAAGUUCUUGAUUAAGUGUUAUUGCCGUCUGUUCGAACUACACACAGGAGAUGACAAAAAACGAAUGACGUAUGAUUCAGGAUUGCGAUGUGUCGAGAAACUGACAGAACUUACUGAAGAAAUGGCCGCCUGGACAGCACUUCCAGGACUUCAUGUUCAGAUAGCGAAAUUCUACAUGUUGACCCCACCAGGAGGCGAAAGUGAUAUAGAGAAAGCCAUUCGGCAUUUAAAAUCGGCAGAUACGAUUGAGAAUAAUACAGAUGUAGGUUUGUCGCAUUUUCGUCUCCAAGCUCUGUUUUGUUUGAUCGCCUGCUACCGCCAGAAAGGUGAUAUUGACAGUCUGAAAUGUGCAAGAGACAUAUGUAACAUUCUCAUCAGCAAUCUGCACUCAUCAAACUCACAGGAAAGUUUGAGUAAAGCAAACAGACAACUGGACCAAAUUAAUGAAAUCUUAAGUGGGGAACAUUCAUCAUAGGCAAGCAACAGGGUAUUUUAGAGACGUCCUGAAUCAAAACUACAUCGUACGUGUUUAAACCAUUUUGAAUAUAAUUUCGAUAAAGAAUCGACAAUUAUAAUCCCAACCGCCAACUUGAUACAUAACGGAUAUGUGUUCACAAACGUUACAUAUCUGUUUCAAGUAUCAAUAAAGUUAAACAAGGCAUGAUUUUGUUGAUCGUAAGCUGUAUAAUUAAUGUGUUGUUGUGACACUAGUAACAUAUUCCACUGGUAACAGGAUACAUUUGUGAUGGUUGUUAUGGCGCUGGUAACAGGAUAUCAAUGUGAUGGGUGUUAUGACACUGGUAACAGGAUAUUAAUGUGAUUAGUGUUAUGGCGCUGGUGACAUGAUAUCAAUUUGAUGGGUGUUAUGACACUGGUAACAGGAUAUCAAUGUGAUGGGUGUUAUGACAAUGGUAACAUGAUAUCAAUGUGAUUGGUUAUAUGACACUGGUAACAGGAUAUCAAUGUGAUGGGUGUUAUGACACUGGUAACGAAAUCAAUGUGAUUGGUGUUAUGACACUGGUAACAGGAUAUCAAUGUGAUGGGUGUUAUGACACUGGUAACAGGAUAUCAAUGUUAUGAGUGUUAUGACACUGGUAACAGGAUAUCAAUGUGAUUGGUGUUAUGACACUGGUAACAGGAUAUCAGUGUGAUUGGUGUUAUGACACUGGUAACAGGAUAUCAAUGUGAUGGGUGUUAUGACACUGGUAACAGGAUAUCAGUGUGAUUAGUGUUAUGGCGCUGGUGACAUGAUAUCAAUGUUAUGAGUGUUAUGACACUGGUAACAGGAUAUCAAUAUGAUUGGUGUUAUGACACUGGUAACAGGAUAUCAAUGUGAUUGCUGUUAUGACACUGGUAACAGGAUAUCAAUGUGAUUGCUGUUAUGACACUGGUAACAGGAUAUCAAUGUGUUUGGUGUUAUGACACUGGUAACAUGAUAUCAAUGUGAUUGUUGUUAUGACACUGGUAACAGGAUAUCAAUGUUAUGAGUGUUAUGACACUGGUAACAGGAUAUCAAUGUGAUGGGUGUUAUGACACUGGUAACAGGAUAUCAAUGUGAUGGGUGUUAUGACACUGGUAACAGGAUUACACUCACAUGCCUUGAAUAUAUAUUUAGUUUACAAUGUAGAUCUCUCUUUCUGGUUUUUUUAUCAAGUUUUCGCUGCAGGGUAACUUCCGGUUGAGAUGACAGGGUGAGUGCACGUGCAUCACCUCUCUGGCCAUAAAAACAGUAUUUGCACCAGCAUAUCGUCCUUGUCACAAGUUAACUUUACACAUUAAUAUGCAUUGCUCCGAAUUUGGAACGUGUUAUAUGUAUAUGUAAAAUACUCUACCUGUCCACCUCAGAACUAUUUAUAGCUGAUCUGUAUACGUGAACUUUACGGGUACCCAGGAAACCUGAAUUAUUGGCCCUGGAAUCAAUAAAAAAAAUGAUGACCAA